AGUGAAUGCAGGGUCCGGGGAGACCAGAUAUAGUGAAUGCAGGGUCCGGGGAGAGCGGAUAUAGUAAAUGCAGGGUCCAGGGAGACCAGAUAUAGUGAAUACAGGGUCCGGGGAGACCAGAUAUAGUGAAUGCAGGGUCCGGGGAGACCAGAUAUAGUGAAUGCAGGGUCCGGGGAGAGCGGAUAUAGUGAAUGCAGGGUCCGGGGAGAGCGGAUAUAGUGAAUGCAGGGUCCGGGAGAGCAGAUAUAGUGAAUGCAGGGUCCGGGAGAGCGGAUAUAGUGAAUGCGGGGUCUGGGGAGAGCAGAUAUAGUGAAUGCAGGGGUUCGGGGAGAGCGGAUAUAGUGAAUGCAGGGUCCGGGAGAGCGGAUAUAGUGAAUGCAGGGUCCGGGAGAGCGGAUAUAGUGAAUGCAGGGUUCGGGGAGAGCGGAUACAGUGAAUGCGGGGUCCAGGGAGACCAGAUAUAGUGAAUGCAGGGUUCGG